AUGAGUGCUAUACCACAACAUCAAACAUCAAUCGUCAAUCCUGAAGAAGUAACAUCAGCAAUACAUGCUGCAUUUGCUGAUUUUCUUGCUGCUGAACCUACUACAACUGCUCUUCUUUUACAUCAUCAACAAAAUAUUGAUUCAACAAUAUUAACUAAUGAAAUUACACAUAAUGAUAAUGAUUCAACAAGAAAUAGUCGACCACCAACACCAUAUGCAAUUUCAACGCAUACAUACAAUGAUUCACCAUCUUCAUCAUCAACUACAAAUACAACAAAUUUACCACGUUAUAAAACUCUUCUUGAUAAAUAUACACCCAAUAAUAAUCAACAAAAUUUAACUACAUCAAAUAGUAAUAAUCUUAUGGAAAAUUAUUGUAAUACUUCAACAUCUUCAAUUAAUCAAAGAAAACGACCUAUAUCUAACGAAUACAAUUCAACAAAACGAUUUCAUCCAUCACAAUCAUCAACAGCCUCUUCUCGUCAAUCACAAGUGCAACAAUAUUCAUCAUCAUCAUCAACAGCAACGAAUAGUGAAAAUGGUUCAAUUAAUAAUUCAAAUAGAUUAAUACAUUCUACAACAUCAAAUUAUAAUGAAACAAAUCAAAUUCAUUCUGAAAUUCUCAAUUCAAGUGAUGAUGAAGAUUCUUCGAAUAAUCUAUUUGCUCCAAAUAGAACAUUAAAUUCUUCAUGUUCAUGUUCACAUCAUCCAUCUCAAAUAACUUCAUCAUCAUCAUCAGUUAUUCGAACGAAUCAUCAAUCUAUUCCGCAUUCUCAAUUAUCAUUACCAAUUCAACAACAUAAUCAUAAUCCAUCUCAUUUACGACAUCAUUAUCGUCAACAACUAACAUCCGAAAUACGUCGUCAACGUCUAAGUACAUUUCAAAAUCAAACAUCAUCAUCAACAAUGAUUACAGCUGAUCAACAUUUACAUGCUAUUUUAACAAAUCCAGCAAUAAUAACAACAACAAAUAAUAAUAUUCGUAAUCAUCAUUUAACAAUUCAACCAAAUUCAACAUAUAAUACAAAUUCAAAUAUGAAUAUAACAACACGAAAUGAAAAUAAUUCAUGGCCAUCAACAUCAUUUUUAUUUCGUUCAUUUCAUAACUUAAUUUUUUUACGUAAUAAUGAACAUGUUUUUGAAGAAUUAUUACGUAUGGAAGAACAAUUAAAUGGUUUAAAUAAUUCAACAAAUAUAGGUGCAAGUCAAGAACAUAUUAAUUGUCGUACAUUAUCAUAUAAAUAUAUAAAAGAAAAAAUUUCUAUGGAAGAAAAAUGUACGAUAUGUUUAUGUGAAUAUGAUCAAUAUGAUAGUGUACGUCGUUUACCAUGUAUGCAUUUAUUUCAUAUUGAAUGUGUUGAUAAAUGGUUAAUACAAAGUAAACGAUGUCCUAUAUGUCGAAUUGAUAUUGAUUUCCAAGGAGAUUUUGGUGAUUAUACUUGUUAG